CACUGUGCGCAGAGUCAGGCACACCACCCCCGUUACCCACCGGCACAGCGCUCGUCUCACCCCCCAGUCGCCACCUCUCACGCACCGAACUGCCGCGCCGGCCCUCAUGCAACGAGCUGCAGUGCAACUCUUAUUCCCUCUCCCUGCUCCCUUCUCUCCCAGUGAUGAUCGUGCCAGGCGCCGGCCCUCAUGCAACGAGCUGCAGUGCAACUCUUAUUCCCUCUCCCUGCUCCCUUCUCUCCCAGCGCCGGCCCUCAUGCAACGAGCUGCAAUGCAGCAAGGUGCAGGUGGUGCCGUGGAGGCAGGGUGAGAGGCGCGAGGCAAUGGAAAAGGGCGAUGGAGGGGAGGGGGGUUUGGGAAGGAGCGGGUGGGUGGAAGGUGAAGGGCGCGAGGAUGCGGAGCUGGCAGGCGCCAUGAGUGCUCUUGGCCUGCCAGUGCAGUUCAGUGGAGGGGCUCGGACCGUGCAGUCAGCACAAGAUGCUAAGCAGCAGGGCGGCGGCAGCGGCAGCGGCGGUGAUGGUGGCGGCGGUGGCGGUGGUGGUGGUUCUGGUGGGGCUCGUGGAGGGAAGAAGAAGAGGCGGGGGAGGAGGAGGGGAGAUGGACAAUCAACAGCAGAGUGCGCUCCAGAUGCAGGGGUAGAGCGCGGUGCGGAGGGCGUGGCAGGGGUAGAGGGUGGUGCAGAGGGCAUGGCAGGGGUGGGUGCAGAGGGCAUGGCAGGGGUGGGUCCAGCGAUAGCAGUGGAGGGUAGUGCAGAUGCAACAAGGCAGGCUGCUGCUGAUGGAAGGGAUCUCACAGGGUCAGCGGCGGAGAGUGCUGCAGGAAUGGCAGUGGUCGGGAGCGGUGCAGAGGCAAUGGUGGGGAGUGAUGCAGAGGCAGUGGUGGGGAGCGGUGCAGAGGCAGUGGUGGGUGGCACGGGGACAGCAGCACGGGUUGCUGCAGAGGCAGAAGUAAUGGCUGUCAGUGAAAAAGUGGCAGAGAGUGUUGCUGAGCAGAUGGGGGGAGAGCAGAUGAGGGGAGAGCAGGUGGGGGGAGAGCAGGUGGGGGGAGAGCAGGUGGGGGGAGAGCAGGUGGGGGGAGAGCAGGUGGGGGGAGAGCAGGUGGGGGGAGAGCAGGUGGGGGGAGAGCAAUCACUGGAAGGACUGACAGCGGGAUGGCAGGCAAUGGAAGGGCAGGCAGAAGGGGUAUCGUAUGUGGUGGCGGAGGAGGGUGCAUGGCAGGCGGUGUGGGAGCCGCUCUCCCACGGCGUGUACUUCUGCAAUGCUGCUGCCGCCAUCACCCAGUGGCACCCGCCCGACCAUGGCGAGGGGAGUGGGCUCGCGUGCUGGGUGGGAUGGACGCCUGAACAGGCUGUAGCAGAGCAGGCUGUAUCUGCAGAGGGAGCUUUCUCACAGGCAGAAGCGGAGCAGGUCUUAUUGGAGCAGGAAGUAGUGGAGGAGGUGGUAACAGGGGAGGCUGUAGCAGGGGAGGCUGUAGCAGAUGAGGCUUUGGCAGCGGGGUAUGAGAAGUACUGGCAGCAGCGGUACGGUCUGUUCUCACGGUUCGAUGAGGGCGUCCUUUUGGAUGCUGACGCGUGGCCCCUUGUCACUCCUGAGGCCAUCGCCUCCCACCAUGCUGCCAUGUGCGCUGCUGCCGUGGAUUAUGGUGGUGCCACGUGUCUAAGGGGUGAUGAUUCCACGUCAGCAGGAGGUGGUGGUGCUGGCACGUCGGUCGGAGAUAGAGGCGCCACUACUGCAGAUGAUGGUGCUGCCACGCAUGCUGCUGCCACGUGUGCUCCUGCCACGCGUGCUGGCCACACUGUACAGUUAAGCUCUGAGGAAGAUGCACUAGAGGAGAGGGGAGUCCGAGUAACAGCGGGGGAGGAGGAGGGGAAGGAAGGAGGGGAGGGAGAGGUGAACAGGGAGCGUGAUGCGAUGGGCAGACAGGAAGGAGAAGAGGAACCUAGAGAUGGUUCCCUGGGCGAAGGGAGGUGUGGGAGUGAAACACGCAUGGAGAGUUGUGAACGUGCAACAGGCACAAGUGGUGCAGCAGGGCUGGGGGGUGCAGCAGGGCUGGGGGGUGCAGCAGGGCUGGGGGGUGCAGCAGGGCUGGGGGGUGCAGCAGGGGUGGUGGGUGCAAAAGGCGUGGCGGGUGGGGCAGGUGUGGUGCUGGAUGCAUUCUGUGGGGUGGGCGGCAACACCAUCCACCUCGCCAAGCUCUGCUCCCACGUGCUGGCCGUUGACAUGAGUCUUCCGCGCCUGGCCAUGCUGCAACACAACGUCUCCCUAUACGGCGACCACCUGCCCCACCGGGUGGAUACGCUCUGUGCCGACUUCCUUUCCAUUGCGCCGCGGCUUAAGGCUGAUGUGGUCUUCCUGUCCCCCCCAUGGGGCGGACCGGAGUAUCUGGACCAAUCAGAGUACGACAUCUGGAGCAUGCUGCAGCCAUUUUGGUACCAGAGACCGCGCUACUUGAAUGCAGUUUUGGAAGACCACUACAUCACCCUCGAUACCACCUUUGUGUCAUGUGCUGCUUCCUCUUCCCCCAGCUCUGCCCUUCUGCAGCUGUCACUGAGCAUCGCCCCCUCAGUGGCCAUGUACCUGCCUCGCAACACGCCCAUCCGCCACCUGGAGCAACUAGCUCGCUCCAUCACUCCGUCAGGUCCCUGCCUGGUGCGUCACUCGUGA